AGCCUUCUCAAACACCAAUUUAGAGCACCCAUACCGGUAUUAGGACACACAUAUUGAGCAUGCCAGCUCUACCGCCAGCACGCAAAGGUGCGAAGGGAGGAGAGGAGCCCGCACGCAAGAAGAAGGUUCUGCCAGUAGAGCUGUGCAAGUGUGGGGCCGACAUGUAUCGCCCACCACCAAAGGGCAAGAAGGCACCGGCGCCGCUCGUGCACAACCCUGGCUGCGUGUACCAACGGACCACCUGCGACGCCUACCCGCACCUGCCGCGGUGCGUCGCGUGCCAGAACCCGUGCAAUUUUUGCUUAGGAAAGACGCGCUGGUGCCCCCACUGCUACGAGAACCAGUGUGAAUACCGCUACAAACGGGUGGUACUUGGCGUGGAAGUCUUGACCGGCGCUAACGUUGGCCCAGGCUCCGGCGAGCCCGUAGCCUUGGCGCAGCGCAGAGGAACGUCGCGACGCAGAACGACGGUAAAGUUUGUGGACGGCAAGCGUAGCUGA